AUGAAGGAGCGCGCCCCAGCACCCCAAGUGACACCAAGUGAAGAAACAGCUCAACCUAGUGCUAGCUUCAAAAACUACAUUGAUGAUGACAUUGAAGGAGGGAUGAGCACAUCAGCUGAUACAAGCAAAGCUCGAAUGGCAAGUUUUGCUGAAGCAUUCCUGAAAUCAUUGCCAUGGAGACCAGUCAAAACUGCUGGUAGGAAAAGAAAACCACAUCCUUUCGAGUCUCAUUUAGUCAACGAAUACCAAGAGCAGUCUCUACAAGAGACGAUGUGUCGCACAUACCCGAAUCUAAAGAACCAAUUUUACAUGAAGGGGAUUGGAUACUACCCACUUUGUAUACGCCUAUUCCUUUGUGCACUUGGUUAUUUGUUGUGUGGUCUCCCAUCUGAUUACAAUGUGGAUCCAUGGGAACUUCUUGCAACAGCUUUUUGCAAAGAUUGCUCUAGCAAGGAAAUGAAGGAUGCUUGCACUCGGGCAAUUGUCAGGAGAAUCUACGGAGAGUCGUCAUAUAGUUCACAAGAAAUUGGCUAG